AUGUCUGUAUUAAUAUAUAUAUUUAAUCAAAAUCAAAAAAUAAUAGGUGGUGACAAAGAAGAAGAGGAUCUUUUAAAUGAUGACAUAGAAUACGUGUUAGUAAAUAUUAUAGAAGACAUCAAGAAAGAUACACGUAUUCAAAAUAAGAAAAAAUAUGUAGAAGACUACGGUAUUAUAACAAAAAACAAUGAAUGUAGAAUACAAAAUAGAAAUAGAGAGUUUAGUGAUCAUACUAUAUUAGAAAAUGAAUAUUUGGUUUCACUAUUACAAAAUAUAAGUAUUGAACAUUUAGAUAUCGCUACUAUGGUAGGUGAUCAUAUGCUUGAACAUAACGAGGAAACAUGUACAAUCAAUUAA